AUGUGGUCCGGAGGGAUAACCGCGAGCCUUUUUGCCGCGUCCCCCUUGCUUCUCCCGAGUGUUGGUUUGGCAGCGGCAGUCGAGAACCACGAGCCUGGAAACGUGGUCGCCCAAGCCUCGGCGACACCGCGCACCGGGAUUCCACCAUGUGAUGCUCUGAUUGCUGCCGGCUUGGGAGAUAGGCUAGUUGCUGCGACCGAGGAGGGCUACGAGGCCCGCAUCGCAACCUACUGGUCCGUCAGUGCCCGGCUGCGUCCAUGGUGUCUCUUCCAGCCCCGCGACACCGAGGAGGUCUCCAGGACGUUGACCACCCUGGUCAAGGCCGGGUCCGGGACCGGCGAUUGGCACAUGGCCGUCCGUGGCGGUGGCCACAACCACUGGGCGGGCACGAACAACAUCGCCAACGGCGUGACCAUCGACCUGGCCCACUUCAACCAAACAUCCUACAACCCCCGCACGAACCUCGCCUCUGUCGGGCCGGGCGACCACUGGAAGGACGUGUUUGCCGCGCUGCUCAAGCACAACGUGACCGUCGCCGGAGGACGCGACGGCGGCGUCGGGGUCGGCGGCUUCCUGCUGGGAGGCGGCAACUCUUACUACACGGGCCGCAUGGGCUUCGGCGCCGACUCGGUCAGGAACUACGAGGUCGUGCUCGCGGACGGCGCCGUCGUCCAUGCCAACGACAGGACCAACCCCGAUCUGUACAAGGCUCUCAAGGGCGGAGGCGGCAACUUCGGCAUCGUGACCCGCUUCGACAUGGAGGCGCUGCCCGCCAAGGAUCUCUACACCGGCAUCCGCCUCAUGAGCAAGGAGAACUCGGACGAUGUCGUGGAUGCCGUUGUCGAUUUCACCAACCACGACCAGUCCCUGGCCGACGAUGCCAUGGUCGUGGUCUACACCCACAACACGGCCAUGGGCGACGACGUCCUCAUCGCCGCGUCCCGCGUCAACACCCAGGGCAACUCGAACACGACUGCUUUUGCCAAGAUCAACAGGAUCCCCGCCAUCAGCAGCGAGAUGACCCACCGGAGCAUGGCGGAUCUGGCGUUGAACUCCCAAAUCCCUGCAGGGAGCCGUUCCGUGUGGUUCACCCUGACCUUCAAGAACGACGCGUCCAUCCUGCGCAGGGCCGUCGACGCCCACCAGGCGUUCGUGGACGCGAUGAAGCAGGCCGUGGGCGCGGACGAGUUCACCACGCAGAUGGUGUUCCAGCCCCUACCCACCUACUUCGCCGAAAUCGGCCGGGCGCGUGGCGGCGGCAACGUUCUCGGCCUCGACGCCGAAACGGACAACGCGAUCCUCUGGCUCGGUCUCGUGACCGUCAACACCGAAGCCCAGGAGGCCGUCGCGCGCGCCCGCAUGGCCUCGGCCGCGGCGCAGAUCGAGGGCUUCGCCGCCUCGGCCGGCGGCGACGUCGACUGGCGGUACCUCAACUACGCCGACCCCAGCCAGAACCCCCUCAAGACGUACGGCGAGGCCAACGUGGACUUCAUCCGCAAGGUCGCUUCCAAGUACGACCCGGAAGGCGUGUUCCAGAAGCGCAUCCCCGGCGGCUUCAAGAUUUCGCGUGUGGAUUAG